UCAUGUGACACUUGCGUCAUCACGUGAUGCGGGUGAAACCAAACUUGCUAGUGCAGACUAGAGGAGGAAGAGGUUAGUGCAACGAGUAAUGUUUACACCAGUCUUACGAUGACAGUUGUCAAUUUAAAGAAGAAUCGGGACUUUACAGCCAUAAAAGACAUCUAUUAGGAACUCAACUGGAGUAGAUAUGCAAGACUUGAACCUAUAACGAUGGAACUGAUAACAUAGAGAGGCCUGGAUAAACCUGAUUGUUAGUAAAGAUGUCUGGAGGGAGGCUCUUCAACAAGGUGCGCUCCGCCUUCAGGAGAGAGAGGAGCGACUGGGGCCUGAGCGACACCGAGCCCUUUGACUUCUCCAACGAGCUGGGGGAAGACGAGACGCCCAAAUUCAACAAGCUUAAGGUGGUUGUCUCCGGGGAGAUGUCGGACUACUCUUCCGGGGCUACGUCCAACGGGGUGGCAGUAAACACGCUGGUGGUGUCGGCGGAUGAUGAUGACUCCCUGCUGGACUCCUCCUCCAGCCUGGGCAGCCCGGGGGUCAACAUGGACCCCUGUGAGAACUGCACCAAGAAGAGGGAGAGCAUCAAACAGAAGAGAGUGAUGAAGAGGCUUGUCAUGGCAGCUUUGCUCUAUUUCCUUUUCAUGACAGGGGAAAUUGUCGGUGGCUACUUGUCAAACAGCUUAGCCAUCAUGACUGACGCUGUGCACAUGCUAACAGACGUGGUGGGCAUUUUGUUUUCUCUGCUGGCCCUCUGGCUGUCCACCAAACCACCCACAAGGAGAUUUACCUUCGGCUUGCAUCGCCUCGAGGUUGUAUCGGCAGUCCUCAGUGUGGUGCUCAUCUACAUCCUGACGGCCAUACUGCUCUAUGAGGCCGUUCAAAGGACAAUACACCAAGAGUUCGACAUAGAUGGAGAUGUCAUGCUCAUCACUGCAGCUGUUGGCGUGGCUGUCAACCUCAUAAUGGGUUUCCUGUUAAACCAAGGUGGUCACCUUCACGGCCACGGUCAUGGUCACUCACAUGGCCAUGGUCACUCUCAUGGCCAUGGCCACUCUCACGGCUCUGCGGCCGCCUCAGGUUCCCAGUCUGGGCAGCAGGGCAGCCUCGCUGUAAGAGCUGCCUUCAUCCAUGCUCUGGGAGACCUGGUCCAGAGUGUCGGGGUGCUCAUAGCGGCUUACAUUGUCCGCUUUAAGCCGGAUUUUAAAUUGGCAGACCCCAUCUGUACCUACAUCUUCUCCAUCCUGGUACUCUUCACCACGUUCCGCAUCAUACGAGACACAAUAGUCAUCUUGCUGGAGGGUGUUCCCAGGCAUCUGGACACUCUGAGAAUCAAAGAAGACCUCCUGAAGCUGGAGGACGUCCAGUCAGUGGAUGAGCUGAACGUCUGGGCGCUUACAGGGGACAAGACUGCAGCAAUAGCCCAUCUGCAGCUCGCGCCCUCUAGUGCCAGCAACUGGGAGGACGUCCAGGCCAAGGCGCGCCACCUGCUGCUCCACACCUACGGCCUCAGCAGGUGCACAGUGCAGGUGCAGACGCACAGGCUGAGGCUGGUGCACACUUGUACACACUGCCUGCAGCCCAGUGCCUAAAGAGAGAGACUCUUCUAAACAUUCACUCCAACGGUGCAUUUCAAGAAACAGGAGAGCAGAUUACGGUGCACAGAGGGCCUGGGAUGUUGCACUGCUGUGAAGAAGACACAGUAAACAGUACGUACAUGCACUCAGAAAAAUACUGGUGCCAAAAGAAAGCAGACGCACAUUUCCAACUAUUGGAUCACUCGAGCCUCUGGGGACCUCGUACGCUUGCUCAGCUUUCAGAGUUUGGAUGCUUACAGAAAAAUUGAAAAAAAACUUGCUUAAUUCACCAUUGAAGCCUAUUUCAACUUUUUUGUAUUUUAGUGUUUGAUUUGUCUCAACUGAUGUUUUAUCAUCAGAUGUACAUUUUACUUUUGGUCACUAGUUGUGACGACUUGAUUUUAUUUUUCACUGAGGAUGUCUGCAAAUGAAAAGGUAUCUCUGAUCAUUUGAUAAUAAGUCUUUGGCAAACCAGCUUUUUGUCCCUUUAGCAGACAUCACACCAAGUUAACAACCAUAGAAAGGAUCAAAGUGGUCUGAUCCACACUUUCAACACUGACAUUUUAGUUAGCAUGUCUACAUUUAGGCGAGCACACAACUGACAAUCAAAGAGUGACUGACUUUGUGAAAUGGUUAAUGCUGCAGUGUUAUAGUUUCAGUCUCAAUCUCCAAACUAGUUUUUUUUAAUUCCAUUUACUGACAGUAUAAUAAAACAGACAAAUGUAUGAACCUUCAGUAUUUCUUAUUGGCUGUGUUUUCAGUGUUCACUUGUUGGUUAUGUUUGUAGUGUUUCCAUUGUCAAGUGUUGAGAGGCUGUUGGGGUUUUAUUGUAAAUCUUUUCCUAGUUUUAAAUUAAUCAUUGCGGGAAAUCAAGAACUGCAUCGCUCUUUAUGUUUCUAAUAAAGUAUUUAAUCCUA